AUGCCUAGUAGCAAUCUCAACGUCCUUUCAACAGUGGCCACUUCUCUUGCAGAUAUUCCUGCUCACGACGUCGCCGCAAUGAACAGAGUCUUUCGGCAUCACAUUGGUCCUUUCCCAGAUAAUCAUAUUGAACAAAGCCCACCCACUUCCGAUACGACACAGCCAAACACCCCAGACCGAUAUGAGGCCCUCAUCUGUAUCGGCUGCUACUCGUAUGGCAUGAUGUCAAAUCAAUACCUGAAUACCCAGCAAGGCUCUCUCAAUCCCUCUUUCAUGACGCCGCAGCCUUGCAUCGCAGCUUCCCGUUCGCAGCCAACUGCAGCUAAUCCGGCUGGAAGCGUUAUGGCUCAGACCCAGACCCGCCGGCUUUCUGCUUAUGGCGGACGCUCCAUGAUACCUUACCAGCAAUUGCUAGUCCAGGACGCCCAACAGGCCACCCACAUCGUUAAGCCCCAAGGCCGUCGCGGUAUCCUUCCCAAUGCUGCCGGGAGAGCCGCCACCCCAACAGGUACCGGCACGUCCGAGAACACAGUGACUCCUCAAAAAGACGCGGAUGGAAAGUUCCCUUGCCCUCACUGUACCAAGACUUACCUUCACGCCAAGCAUUUAAAGCGUCAUCUCCUACGCCACACUGGCGAUCGCCCUUACAUGUGCGUGUUGUGCCGUAACACGUUUUCGCGAAGUGACAUCCUCAAACGGCACUUUCAAAAGUGCUCCAUCCGUCGAGGAAACCCGACUGGGGCGAGCCAUCUCCCUCAUCCCCAGGGCCGCAAUAAGGAAAAUCAGCAGAAUAUUCACAAUCGAGGGAGUGACAUGAGCAGCAUGUCGAGGCACCCGCACGGGCCAAUUAUGGACAUCCUGCAGAACCAGCUAUGUAUGGUCAGCAACAGAUCUACUCCUUUGUGCCUUCUCCCGGAGCGCAGCGACACAGGAGGCCUUGACGUCGCUACCAAGAGAUCGAGCGCUUGUAUAAGUGCUGCUGGGAUGGCUAUGCAGAGUCAUGGUCAGAAGCGAACACCUUACGAGUUCAACGAGAUUCGGGAGGCAUGGAAGGCGCACAAGAAGGAGGAAGAUCAGCAGCGAGAAGCCGCAGAGGAAGCAGGCUGGCAGCUUCAUGCCCAAGCCGUGGCGUCUUCCCGUACCCAUGUUCAGAACGGGGGACCUGACGGAGGCGACGCCGGGCAACCGCUGUCAUCAGUACAGGGGCUGCCUAUUGGGUGCCAGGCCGCUACGGACCCAUCAACACCAUCUGUGGUGUUCUAUACCCCCCUUUAA